GGUAAGGCUUGAUGGCAGACGCACCUCACCAGUGCCCGUGACUCACUAAGUAACGGAGCGGCUCUGUCGACAACACUACUGGUAGCACUGCUAGCACUGGUAGCACAUCCACACACUGUGCUAUAGUCCUGUUGUUGUUGUAGUGUGGUGGUGGAAUGUUCGAGAAGAACUUACACGAUCUGGUCCGGGGUAUCCGGACCAACAAGAACAACGAGGCCAAGUUCAUCUCCGCUUGUAUUGAGGAGACUAGGAAUGAAAUUAAAACUGACAACAUGACCCUGAAGUGUCAGGGAAUAACGAAGCUAGUGUAUCUCCAGAUGUUGGGAUAUGACAUGUCCUGGUCAAACUUCAACACUAUCGAGGUGAUGAGCGCCACAAAGUUCACAUUCAAGAGAGUGGGGUAUUUGGCAGCUAGCCAGAGUUUCCACGAAAACACUGACCUUCUCAUGUUGGCUACUAAUAUGAUACGCAAAGAUUUGUGCAGUGUCAACCAGUAUGAGAGUAGUUUAGCUCUUACAGGAUUGGCUUGUUUUGUGAGUGGAGAGUUGGCACGUGACCUCAGCUCGGACCUCAUGACCCUUAUCUCCUCCUCUCGUCCUUUCAUCCGCAAGAAGGCUAUUCUCACCAUGUACAAGGUGCUACUGAAGUUUCCAGACGCACUGCGCCCUGCAUUCCCUCGAAUAAAGGAGAAGUUAGAUGACCCGGACCCUGGAGUCCAAUGUGCUGCCGUUAAUGUUAUCUGUGAACUAGCCAGGAAGAACCCCAAGAACUACAUUUCACUAGCCCCGGUUCUGUUCAAAAUGUUGACAAAUUCCUCCAACAACUGGAUGUUGAUAAAAGUGAUAAAAUUGUUUGGAGCGCUCAUGCCUGAAGAGCCACGACUGUGUAAAAAGCUGGUGGAUCCUCUUACUAACAUUAUUCACAGUACCAACGCAAUGUCACUGUUAUAUGAGAGUAUCAACACACUGAUAACCGGCGUUCCAGACCACAUACCGUCGAUCCAGCUGGCUGCUCAAAAACUCAACAUUAUGUUGGACGACUCCGACCAGAAUCUCAAAUAUUUGGGAUUGUUGGCUCUCAACCAGAUCCUUAAACAUCAUCCUAAAUAUGUGAGCCCGUUGAAGGACAAGAUAAUAAAGUGUCUGGAUGAUAAAGAUGAAAGUAUAAGAAGAAGAGCACUAGAUCUGGUGGUCGGGAUGGUUAGCAGGAAGAAUUUACCAGACAUUGUUAAGAAGCUUGUGGAACAUGUGGACAUGUCUGAGAAUCUCGCCUUCAAGGAGGAGCUACUACUAAAGAUAGUAGAUAUCUGCAGCCAGGGGAACUACCAAUAUGUCACCAACUUUGAAUGGUACAUCACUGUCCUGGUGGAACUCACUAAACUGGAAAAUACGAGUCACGGCAGAGUUCUGGCUAACCAAAUGCUGGAUGUCACCAUCAGGGUGAAGACGUUGCGCACGUUCGCGGUGCGCCAGAUGACCAUACUGAUUGAGAAUAUUGAUAAGUUUGCCAAGUCGGAGAAGAAUGGGAUCUGUGAGGUGAUAUAUGCAGCAGGUUGGAUCGUGGGAGAGUUUAAUGAGUUCGUCACUGAUAAGGAGAAGGUUUUAAGUGAUCUGUUCAGCCCGAAGGUUCUCCUUCUGCCUCCCCACAUCCAAGCUAUCCUAGUGCAAACCACCAUGAAACUGUACGGCAGUAUCUUGGUAGAUUACGAAAAACUGGGGGCAGAUGAAAACAGCCGUGUGCUGGGCGAGAUGUUCGUAUCAAAGAUAGCAAUGUUCACUGAUAGUAGCGAUCUUGAGGUUCAGGAGAGGUCUUGUUGUGCGCUCCAGCUCGUCAAAUGUCUCAUUAAACUCCAAGCUAAGGGCGCGGGAGUGGCCAACGAACUGAUGGAUCUCUUCUGUGAAGAUCUCAACCCGGUGGCUCCCAAAGCUCAGAAGAAGGUUCCAGUACCGGAAGGUUUGGAUCUGGACGCCUGGAUCUACACACCCAAGCCCUCCAAAUACUCAGACGAUGAGGAAGACGGACCCGUACAGUUUGGAGACUCCUCCCACUCUCCUCUCCCUCAGUCCACUGGGUACGGUGGAAGCAUGCAAGGGUUCGGUAGCGAGUCUCUGGCUUAUCCCAACAGCUCCUCUGGAAAGUAUCAGGAGCUGAGUCAGGCAGAGAUUCAGCAGGCGCGGGAAACCCGAGAAACUCAGCACAAAUCUAACCCUUAUUACUUACAAGGUUCACUACCUACCAACAAAGUAUCCUCUCACAACAAACCUGAUCUAAGUGUCACUGACAUUCCCGUUUCUUCACUCACUCUGGAUGUACCCCUCAAGAUUGAGAAACCUUCUAAGAAAGGCAAGAAAGGAAAGAAGGGGAAGAAAGGUAAGAAAGGAAGGAAAUUGGCCGAGGAAGAGGAGGAAGAGGAGGAUUUAGGGCCGGUUGUUGAUGUUAUGGUGUCUGAAAUGCCAGAAGGAGCAUUAGACAGUGACGAGGAGGAGAAGAAGGCUGAUCCAAAUGACCCUCACGCUGCUCUCAAUAUCGACCUGUCAGCUCCGUUUGUAGAGUCAGAUUACAUAAAGGGUCCUGUCCCUUACUCUCAGAGUUCCAACCCUCCACCCACUCUCAAUUUAACAGAGAGGAAGACAAAGGGGAAGAAGAAGAGGAAGAAAAAGGGAGUGGAAGAAGAGGAGCCUAAGAAGAGUGUUGAGUUUGAGAAGAAGAAGACUUUGAAGGAUAUUGUUGCGGAGGCAGAAAAGAAAACCCAGAUAGCUGUUCACAAAGUCCCAGAACCUGAGAGUGAGUUUACGUCACAGUCCAUCAGUGACUGGCUGAACGAGCGAAAACCGGGAGAAGGACCACCCUUAAAAUCGGAUAAACCAAGGAAGAAAAAGGGAAAACCUAAAGAAACAGCUAAACCUGCCAAAACGAAGAAAAAGAAAAAGAAAAACAGUGUAGGAGAAGACAAGGAGAACACGAGUAACAAUUUGAUACCAGAUAUCAUGUCACUGGAGGAGAACGGGGUGAGCUCCACAACUUCACCAGCAGGUGUGGUCCUGGGAGAGGAUGAAAGUAUGAGUGUGAGAUACCACCCUCACGUGCCCUCACACAGCAACCUCUCACUCUCUCUAGAUUUCUCAAACAUGUCACCCCACAGUAUCUCCAACAUAAAGUUUGAUAUAUCCGAUAGUAUCAACACCAAACUUGUUCGGUCCUCUCCCGGAAGUUUGUCAAUACCAUUUGCUCUGACUCCAGGGCAAGCAAACUCCUUUACUCUAUCGCUAUCUCUACAGUCUAUCUACAUCUCACAGAAAUUGAGGGGGUCCGUUACUUAUUUUAUCGAAACUGAACCUGGAAGUAAAGACGAGAAAAUAAUUAACUUCACUCUUCCCCUGAAUUUGGCAAUGUUUAUCGUGUCCGCACCUUGCACAGAGGAGCAAUUUACCAAGUUGAUUGCAAGCAACAACCUCGAAUCUUCAAGCACUUUAACCUUACCUCUCUCGUCCUCUGCCGAUCAAUGCAUCGAGCAAUUUAGUACCAACUUUAAACUGACCGUGGUCGAACGAAUUGGGGGAGCGGUCUCACUUUAUGGUAAAACAUCGCGAGAUGAUGAACUGUGCGUUUUGAUGAAACUAAAUGGAAAUAUUAGUAUCGACAUCAAAGGUUCUGACAGCCAACUUGUCAAUAGCUUUGUAGAUUUGGUUAAUUCAGCAAAACUUUAGUGAAUAUUUUCGCCGCUAUUAAUUAGAAUCAAUUGAGCUGGGCUCGUUGAGACAUGUACAGAAAAUUAACCAAGUUUUUUGGGAAAUGUUAUAAAAUUCUGUUUUUAUUGUUUAAUAAAGAGGGAAAUUUUGGCAGGGUAAAAGAUAAAUUUAAUGGAUUAUGAGGUAUAAGUGACAUUUAUACCCGAUAAUGACGAUAAAUAAGUUUUCUUACUUGAAAUGAACGUGUUGAUUAUAAGAUUGAUGAGAGGCUGUUUUAUGAAUUGACUGCCGCAGAUUUUAUCAUUGUUGGGGGACGAUCCAAGUUUUUCUGAACACGUGACAGCUCUUAACCAAUUGAAUAUACUCAGACUGUUGUCACGUAUCAAGAAACAAAUUUGGACUCUCCUUAAAUCAUGAUAACAUCGUUUCAUCGAUAAAAUUUUGUAGUAGUUGAACACACGGUUAAGACUGACAGCUGUGUUUUUGCGAAAGUGUUAAAGUUUUAAGAAUGCUAUAUUUUACUAUAUACCUCGCUUGUUUUUGGUGUUAAUUUAUUCGUUGUCUUCUUGUGAUUUACAGUUUAAUUCUAUUGAAUUGCGUGUUGAAUUCCAUCAUUAGAUAUUAACUGAUUUAUGAAAUAUCAAUGUCAUCGUUGUCAACUGACACUCUUAAUCUUGCGUUUACGAUAUUUUAAGUUACGAAUAUGGUAGAAUGAGUCAUCUUUAAAGGUUGAUAAGUAUUGUAAUUUACGUGUA